AUGAAAGAUCCUGGGAGCUUCCAAAUUCCCUACAUUAUAGGGGAUAUAAGCAUUGAGAAGGCAUUAUGUGAUCUGGGAGCUAGCAUUAACCUCAUGUCUUUGGCCAUGAUGAAAAGAAUGAGAAUUGAAGAGGUCAAACCAACAAGAAUGACACUCCAAUUAGCUGAUAGAACAUUCGAAUUACCCCAUGGUGUGGUGGAAGAUUUGUUGGUGAAAGUGGGAGAAUUCAUAUUCCCAGCAGACUUUGUUGUGCUUGAUAUAGAGGAAGAAGCUAACACAUUAAUCAUCAUGGGAAGACCAUUCUUGGCUACUUCUGGAGCUAUAAUUGAUGUACAAAAGGGAGAGUUAGUCUUGAGGCUACAUGAAGAGAAGAUGGUAUUCAAUGUCUUCAAAGCAACGAGUUACUCAAAGGAGUCCAUUGGUGAAUGCAUGAUGGUGGACACAAUGUAG